UGUUAUCAAGAAGACCUCCUCAAAUCUCACUUCGUGGAGCCUCUCUUCCAUCACCCGUUUCACUCCCCCCCAAUGGCUUCGGAAACCGACGAGGUGGACAAAGAGUUCCGAUUCUUCAAAGUCUACAAGGACGGCCGCUUGGAAUUUUUCAUGCCUCCCGUCGAGAAGAUCCCGCCCUCCAAUGAUCCCAACACCGGUGUCCGUUCCAAGGACGUCGUCAUCUCGUCGGACCCGCCCGUGUCCGCUCGGAUCUUCUUGCCCCGCGUCUCCGACCCGGGCCGGAAGCUCCCCCUGCUCUUCUACAUUCACGGCGGUGGGUUCUGCGCGCAAUCCCCCUUCUCCCACCGCCACCACAACUUCGCCAGCACCGUCGCGGCCGAGGCCGGGGCGAUUGUUGUUUCCGUUGAGUACGGGCUCUUCCCGGCUCGGCCAGUACCCGCCUGCUACGAGGACUCGUGGGCCGCGCUCCGGUGGGUCGCGGGCCACGCCGACGGAGACGGGCCCGACGCGUGGCUGAACGAGCACGCUGACUUCAGCCGGGUCUUCAUCGGCGGCAACAGCGCUGGGGGGAACAUAUCGCACACGCUGGCCGCCCGGGUCGGGUCGAUCGGGCUGCCGGCUGGCGUGAGGGUGGUGGGGGUCAUACUCAUUCACCCGUACUUCGGCGGCACCGAGGACGACCAGAUGUGGCUGUACAUGUGCCCGACGAACGGCGGGCUAUCGGAUCCGAGGCUAAAGCCGGCGAAGGAGGAUCUGGCGAGGCUGGGGUGCGAGAAGGUGCUCGUGUUCGUGGCGGAGAAGGAUCACCUGAGGGAGGUCGGGAUUGGGUACACCGAGGAGUUGAAGAAGAGUGGGUGGAGAGGGAGCGUGGAAUUGGUGGAGCAUGUUGGGGUGGACCAUUCCUUUCACACGAAUGAUCCCAAGUCCGAGAAGGCCGUGGAAUUGAUGGACAAGUUCGUCUCCUUCAUCAAGCACAACUGAUCCCCUUCCCGAGCACGUGACGUCAUCGUUAUUAAUCCAGAGUUAUAGUCCAUAUGAAACUUUGUACAACGCUGUUGUGUUCGUCUUA